AUGGUCUACUGCGGCAAAGCCUCCCAGGGGUGCCAGAACUGUCGAACCAGGAGAAUCAAGUGUGAUAUGGUGCGGCCACAAUGCACCCAAUGCAUCCGAGUGGGCAAGAGCUGCCCCGGCUACCGGGACCAGUUGUCGUUGAUGUUUCGGGAUGAGAGCACCAAGGUUAUCCAGAAGGCACAUGCUCAGUGGGGGAUUUCCGACAUCCCGGAUUCCGUGCGUUCCCCUUCAAGCUCUUCGUCAUCGUCGUCUUCAUCUUCAUCGUCAACUCCUUCUCCCAAGAGUAUCGUCUCCAGUCGAAGCUCCUUCUCUGAGAGGCCGCGGUUCAAGUUCUCGGUAUCACCAGAACACAGCUUGGCAAGGAUACCAAAAGAGAUCUACGCCACAAGGGACGACCAGGCCAUUCAGUUUUACGUCGACCAUUAUGUGGUGGGACAUCCAGAUGAGCCUACUGCUUCACAUGAGCUGCGGAUGGUGGAAUGGAUUCAUGCCCCCGAAUUUCGAGACAUGAUGGCAGCCGUGGGGUUGGCAAGCAUGUCCAAUCUUACUGGUGACAAAGUCUUGGACACCAUGGCGAGGCAGAAAUAUGGUUUGGCACUUCAACAUACCGCAACGUCGUUAGCAAACCCUCAGGCAAUGAACCUGGAUAUAUCUCUACGAACAGUUGUCAUGCUUGCGGUCUAUGAAGUUAUUCGAAACAAAGGUCGACCAACCGACGCUGUGCGAACCCAUAUGAUGGGGGCCACGGCCUUACUCAGCAACUUUUUAUGCAUUCCCAACCUACCUCAAGACCUAAUGCGUGGCUUCCUACAACUAUGUCUUUCCAUGCUCAACCCCUUCUAUGCCGGAAACCUCGCCCUCCCACCCGCUUACAGCGGCUGGUUCGACUUAUGCAACCGCCUCGCCGCGCCCGAAGACAAACCCGCCGUCGAGGUCCUCGACAUCGCCACGCGGCUCCUGCAGCUACAAGCCUACCUAAACAACUACGCCCUCAUUGACGGGCGGCCCAAAACCGUCCAAGUAAUCCGGGAUGCCCUCGCCAUCGACGCCGAGCUCGACGCCUGGGAACGCCGACACAGUCAAGGGAGUGCCAGUCCCAUAUGGACCGUCCUCGAAGAGCGCUGCGCCCCCGGCUUUUUCCCGUCCGACGGCAUCUUUGACGACUGCUACCACGUCUACACCGACCACUGGGUCGCCCGUGGCUGGAACCACCAGCGCUGGCUGAGGCUGCUGACGUGCCGGUCGCUGAUCGAGUUCAGCGAUCGGUACCCGAUUAGUCGUUCACGAGUAUUUUCUGCGAACAUGCCGGCCGAGCAGCAGAAUAUCCUUGCCACCAUCCGGCGUGUGGCGCGCGACUUGUUGGUUUCCAUCCCGACGCACUACCGACACCCGAGGCUGGAGAGGAAACAUCGGGAUUUAAUCGAUAAGACGAGUGGAGGGGCGGGGAUUGGUGUUGCCGGUGUGCCAAAUUUGUUGUUCCAGAUACAGGUGGCCGGGUCAGCGCCAGGGGUGCCGAGGCAUUAUACGGCGUUUGCAAGAAAUAUGCUGGAGACUAUCUUUGCGGACACAGGCAUGUUGCAGGCAAGAGGGUUAGCGGAGACGUUGGUUGUGGAUGGUAGUGCCGGAGGUGCCAGCGGCAGCGGCAGCAGCAAGGUCAAGCAAGAGAGGGCGGAUACGCCACCGGCGGAAGGGGUGUUGUCGUCGAUAGAGUCGCUGCCUCCAUCGAGGAAGGCGUCUAUUGUGGUACCACAAGUACAGCAGCCGUUUGCUGGUGGGCAGCAGUUGCUUUGGUACCAGGAGAGGCCGGAAGAACAUUACUACUAG